CUCCACACAAGAGAACAAGGUUGGAGAGGUGUACAGCUAGUCUUGACGGUACACGCUAGCAAGUACUAGCAAAGACUGCAAGGGACACAGCUCCCCAGAAACCGUCCAAAAGCUUCCUGCAAUCCUGCUGCUGGGCGUUGAACUCCCUUGAUUAAUCGCAUCAGCUUCCAAAGAUUUUUUUUUUUUUGGUUCAGAAGGAAAGCAGAGCAGAGGCGAAAUAAAUUCCUCCGGCGAGAUUCGUGUGUGUGGAGAUGAGUUAGGUGCCAGGACCGCUCAUAAAUUCUGCCCUGUUCUUUCAGAUCUGCUCCGUGCUGUGCUGUGCUUUGCUUUGCUUUGCUGCGAGAAGAAAUUCCUCUAGGCCCAGCAGUUAUCUCCCUCUCGGCUUCUUCCAGUUCUUGGCUAGCUCUUGGGUUCCUCUUGGGAAGAAUCUCUCGGUCUCGUCUAGUCAAGUCACCCAUGCGUCGUCGCCGGAGUCCAAUCUCGCCGCUCAGAGUUUCUUGAUUUGGUCUGUUCGGAAUUUCCAUUUUCCCCGGGAGAAAAUUUGUUCCUUCCAAAAGUUGAAUCUUAACCCCCUCAGGAUUUUGUGUUUAGUCCAUUUCCAGUGGAGGGAGAGCUUGUUCUUGAAUCCCGUAGCUGUAGUAGCAGCGUUGGAAGCAGAAUCAGUUCCUGCAUAAAAAUCCUCCCUUUUCUCUUGGUUUCUUAGCAGCGCAAUCAGUCUUUGCUUGAAUCUCGCGACAGCUCGCAGCUUCCUUCCCAUCUCGAUUUCGUCGUGAUUUCAGGUCGGCUGUUGCUCGCCUUCGCCGAUUUGUUUGCUCCCGAGAGCCAGCCUAUAAGAAUCCCCACCCCACCCUUCCUUCUUCCACUCCACGAGCUCGCGUGGUUUCUUCUCCCAAUGGGCAACGCGUUCGCGUGCAUGCCGCGCAAGGAGCAGCGGGCCGCGGCCGCGGUGUCGCGCAGCAAGCGGAUGGGGAGCGCGCGGUCGGCGCGCGGUGGGCCCAAGCUGACGCCGGCGGAGGAGGAGCUCCUGCACCGCCAGGCACUGGCCAUGGCCAUCCACCAGCACCUCGACGCCGGCGGCUCCAUGUCGCGCCGCAUCGACGCCGGGGCCUCCCUGUCCCGACGCAUGGGGCCCGGCUCCACCAGCUCUCGCCGCCGCGGCGACCUGCUCGACUCCGUCACGAAUGCUAAGCCCGCCCAAAUUGUUCUGGAGAAUUUAGAAACAAAGAAAAUUGUCCUUGUUCAUGGAGAAGGAUUUGGUGCUUGGUGUUGGUACAAGACCAUCUCACACUUGGAGGAAGCUGGUCUUGAGCCUGUUGCCUUAGACCUCACAGGUUCUGGCAUAGAUCAUACUGAUACAAACAGCAUAGCUACACUAGCAGAUUACUCCAAGCCAUUAAUUGAUUACCUCGAUAAACUUCCUGAGGAUGAGAAGGUUAUUUUGGUCGGCCACAGUUGCGGAGGUGCAAGUGUUUCAUAUGCGUUAGAACACUGCCCCCAAAAGAUCUCAAAGGCGGUGUUUCUUACUGCUACGAUGGUAAAGGAUGGGCAGCGGCCUUUCGAUGUGUUCUCGGAGGAACUCCGGUCAGCAGAUGUUUUCCUGCAAGAAUCACAGUUUUUAGUUUAUGGAAAUGGAAAGGACAAGCCUCCUACGGGGCUGAUGUUUGAUAAACAGCAGAUCAAGGGGCUCUAUUUCAACCAAACUCCUUCCAAGGAUAUGGCGCUAGCUGCGGUGUCCAUGAGGCCCAUCCCUCUAGCCCCAAUCAUGGAAAAGCUCUCCCUCACCCCUGAAAACUAUGGCACUGCCCGCCGCUACUUCAUCCAGACGCUUGACGACCACAUGCUCUCGCCUGACGCCCAGGAGAAGUUGGUCCGGGAGAACCCGCCAGACGGCAUCUUCAAGAUCAAGGGCAGCGACCACUGCCCCUUCUUCUCGAAGCCGCAGUCCCUCAACAAGAUCUUGCUGGAGAUCGCACAGAUCCAAGCUCCGGCGGCGCUGCUCCCGGGCAAAGCAAGCGCGGAGGAAACCGCGGUGAAGUCAUGACUGCAUGUAUGUAGUGUACAUGAAAAAUGAUUAGCACAUAGGUUGCGAAAGGGAGGUGCGGGGGUUAAUUGAAAUCAGCUGUCAGAUAAUAAUGUAGGGAGGUGAAAGUGUCCGUUUUUUCUGUGAUCAAGUAUAGAGAAUGUGAGAUUGUCAGAUAGUUGCCUUUUACCUUGUGAAUCAAAUAUGACGCCAGAACAUGUCUUACUGUUU